AUGAAUAUGCUCUUAUAUGUGAUAAAUCCAACAUCUGAGUGUCUGGAUCACCACAGCAGCAGCCAUCCUAAAUACUUGCCAAAGGACUUUGGUUGCCCAAUGUGGAGAGAGACAAGUAUCUUGGCUGGAACUGCCGGGAUUAAGGCAAUGUACUAA